GGGCUUUACACAAUGGGAUGCCACAGAUCCUUUGACUAUAGUCAGGUAUAAAGGUAAAGGCUAAAACAGGCAGGACCUCAGUGUAGCAGCAGCACAGCUCUCAGGAACAACCGCAAUCAUGAUGGGCAAAAUCACCUUCUACGAGGACAGGAACUUCCAGGGUCGUUCCUAUGAGACCAGCCAGGACUGCGCUGACAUGUCCUCCUUCCUGAGCAGGUGUCACUCCUGCAGGGUUGACAGCGGUUGCUUCAUGGUCUACGAUCACAACAACUACAUGGGAAACCAGUACUUCAUGAGGAGGGGCGAGUACCCUGACUACCAGCGCAUGGGAAUGGGAAUGAAUGACUGCAUCAGGUCCUGCCGCAUGAUCCCCAUGCACAAAGGAAACUUCAGGAUGAGGAUCUACGAGAGGGAGAACUUCGGAGGUCAGAUGCACGAGAUGACGGACGACUGUGACUCCAUCCAGGUCCGUUACCGUAUGUCCGACUGCCAGUCCUGCAACGUCAUGGACGGCCACUGGCUGAUGUACGAGCAGCCCCACUACAGAGGCAGGCAGAUGUACAUGAAGCCUGGAGAGUACAGGAACUUCAGUCAGAUGGGCAUGGGAGGCAUGAGCGGCAGCAUGAGGUUCAUGAGCAUGAGGCGUAUCAUGGAUAACAUGUCCAUGUAAUAUGCUCAGAUGUUGUACUAAAAUGGUGAAUAAAAUAAUGUUCUCAAUUCUA